GGCAUCUUCAUUAUAAAUUUUUCUCCAAAUCACAAUCAUAAUCGUAUACCUAAGCGGUUUUGUUUACUCUCUACCUAUCUCUUUUUUCAAAUGUGUAGCGGCCUAGUGAUAGCUUCUGUUGUUCAUCCCGAAACAGCGUAUUGGGCGCCAGACGCACAUGUGCGUUAGGAAUUUUGUGGUAGCGCCAUGCGGCUAAUAAGAGAACUAAUAUACAUCAAAAUGAUAACAUAUCCCACAACUUCCACCAAAAAUUGAAGUAUUAUUGUCAGACCUGUGUAUUAUUGUAUAUUAUGUAUAUGACCGUGGACGCGGCUAUAAUUUUACGUAUUUGUAUCUAUGUUAUUCUUUACUAUUAGAACAAAAUCCAUAAAUUAAAGCGAUUAGAAUAAGGAUUGAGUUUUGGUUGUUUAUAAAAAUGUUAGCAAUGUUAACCGCCGAUUGGUUUCCUUUGGGUCGAGACAUUUAUUUUAGAAAAUUUGAAUUGUAUCCUUUAUCUUUCCAAGACGAAGUAUCAAGUAAUAAUGUAUUAGUGGCAGCUCCUUAUGGAGGUUCUAUCGCAGUCACCAGAAAUUCUAAAAAAUUGGUGAAAGUUCAAGGAGCGAAUAAGCCUACGAUAUAUUUAUACACAUCUUCAGGAAAACUAACAGCCAAGUUGCAAUGGAGUGGGGGGCAACUAAUUCUUUUGGGCUGGUCUCAACAAGAAGAAUUACUAUGUGUGGAAGACGAUGGCAUGGUUCAUAUAUAUGAUAUGUUUGGUACAUAUCAACAUGCUUUUAGUAUGGGAAACGAAGUGAAAGAUACUAAGGUUGUAGAAGCAAAAUUUUUUGUCAGUUACAGUGGAACUGGUAUUGCAGUUCUAACAUCUACUAAUCGUAUAUUUCUGGUGAAUAAUAUAGUUGAACCAAAAGUUAGGCAAAUAUCUGAAAUUCCUAGAUAUGGUGGGCAAAUUGAAUGCUGGUGUUUAGUUCAUUGCGAUAGAGAAACGCGUGUGAUAUUAUCGAACAGAGAUGGAAUAUUUGUAAUACAUCAGUCUCAUCAAAAUGCAACUCAUAUACCAUUUGACAACCUUUUUACCAGACACAAUAAAGUGUUCACUAUAGUUGCUAUGGCAGUGUCUGGAAACAAUCGUCAUAUCGCUCUUUAUACGGAUACUGGGCAUUUGUAUAUGGGUACUAUAGAUUUCAAUGAAAAAUAUUGUGAACAUUAUACAAAUAUGAAAGAGCCCUUAGAAAACAUAGCAUGGUGUGGAACAGAAGCUGUAAUAUGUAGUUGGAAUAGUACUGUAAUGGUAAUCGGACGAACAGCCGAAACCAUAAUAUACACGUACGAUGGACCGGUACAUCUUAUUACAGAGAUUGAUGGUGUACGUGUAUUAUCUGGUUCUUCUCAUGAAAUGAUACAAAAAGUACCGAAUGUCGUUCAAAAAAUAUUUCGAAUUAAUUCAACUGAUCCUGCGUCUUAUUUAUUGGAAGCUUCUAAACAGUUUCAAAAAAGGAGUCAUAAAGCUGAUAGUUACAUGGAUUUAGUCAAAGAUAAAUUAGAUGCUGCAAUAAAAGCUUGCAUCGAUGGAGCUGGCCAUGAAUUUGAUUUUGAAACACAAAAGCUUUUAAUGAGGGCUGCUAAAUUUGGGAAAGGAUUUAGUAAAACAAUUAAUCCUGAGUAUUACGUCAACAUGUGUCGAACCUUAAGAGUUUUAAAUGCAGUAAGGCACCCUGCAAUUGGAAUUCCACUAACAUAUACACAGUUCACUAUUCUCACGAGUCAAGUGUUAUUGGAUAGACUCGUUGCAAGAAGACAUUACUAUCUAAGUAUACAAAUUGCACGGCAUCUUCAGUUACCAGAGAUCGAUGGAGAAAGUCGAAUAUUAGCUCAUUGGGCUUGCUAUAAAGUAAAACAGACGCAAUUAGAUAAGGAACAAAUAGCAGAAGAAAUAGCUGAUAAAUUAGGCUACGCGCCUGGUGUUUCUUAUAGCGAAAUUGCAAGAAGAGCAGCCGACUGCGGCCGAAAACAACUAGCAAUUAAACUGAUUGAUUACGAACCACGUGCACAUCAACAAGUGCCACUUCUAUUAACGCUUGGUGAAGAAAGAGCCGCUUUACGUAAAGCCGUUGAAAGCGGAAAUACCGAUUUGGUUUAUACCGUAAUACUUCAUCUCAGGGAGAACAUGCCACUCGGUGAUUUUCAGAUGUCCAUAAUGCACUGUCCUUUAGCUAUGGCUUUAUACAUCAAAUACUGUCAAAAUCAUAAUCGAGAAACACUUCGCGAUAUUUAUAAUCAAUAUGAUGAUUUUCAUUCUCAAGCGAUAUGGUUCAUUACCGAGAGUUAUCAGCGAAAGAAUACGAUGUCAAGAGAAGCAUUAUUACAAUCUGCACAGGAGAAUUUCAAGUUAGCUCGUAACGAUACUAAUGCAGCUUUGACAGAAGAACAAAUAAAAUUAUUACGCUAUCAAAGGUCUAUGGAAGAUGUAUUAAAGAAACCGAUUGUAGGGAAACCACUUCAGGAUACUGUAAAAGUAUUACUAUUGCGCAAUGAAUACAAAUUAGCUGAUAAAUUAAGAUCAGAGUAUAAAAUAUCGGAUCGAAGAUAUUGGUGGUUACGAAUACAAUGUUUGGCCGAGCAGGGCGUAUGGAACGAAUUGGAAAAAUUCUCCAAAAGUAAAAAAUCCCCUAUUGGUUAUGAGCCUUUUAUUGACCAAUGUUUAAAAUAUAACGAAGAAAGGGAAGCGAAAAAAUAUUUACCUAAAGUAAGGGACGAAUUGAAAGUAAAAUACUUGGUUAAAUUAAAAAUGAUGAACGAGGCCGUUCAAACGGCGAUAGAACAAAAAGAUGUUAAUGCGUUAACUUAUUUACUAGGUCAGUGCGAAACUACAGACAGGCAAUUAAUUGAUAAAAUUAAUGUGUAUUUAACAAGUCUUAAAAAUUGAUAUCCUAUUACAUUUAAUUUAGUCCUGAAUUGUACAACGAUUCGAAAUUAAGCCCUCUGUAAAACAUGUCUUUGUAACAAUAGUCAUUUGAAAUUGUUUUCGUUCACAUUAGUGAUUUACGCUGAACGAGUACAUAUGUACAUUGUUCAGCCACAAAAAAUUAAAUGUGUGUAUGGAUGAGUGCAUGCGUCAUGUAAGACUAUAUUUAUUUUAAGAUGUAAAUAAUAUCAUACAAAAAAUAAGAGUUAAUACUUUUUAUU